AUGCUUGCUGACUCGAAGAGUGUUCGGCUGGUAUUCUGUGUAGCGAAAGUUAACGAGAACGAGCUGAGGUUCAAACAAAAGAUCUCGCAGAAUUCAGCUGCACCAGAGACCGAAGCUAUGUCUAUUAUCCUCGAUAUUGAGUGGACGCAAAUACUGCAAUUGGAGACAAUAAACUUGAAGAUGCGUGAAAUUUACACGGAGCUUGUUAUUCUCAAGAAAUCUUAG